CAACUAUAACCAGCCGCAGCACGCCGCGUUCGCCCCCACCCCGCACGCCGCCGUUCGCCCCCACCCCGCACGCCGCUCCUGCUCGACGACGUUCAUUUUUCAGAUCCCCAAGGUAUCCUUGCAAUCAAACAUCUCUCUCUCUGGUAGCACAAUCUUCAAUCGCAAGCCCCGAUUAUCCCUCCUAUCUAUUCCGUCUACUCUCUCGAUCGGCGCCCCCCAUCCCCCCCCCCCCCCCCCCCCUCCCAAUCUCACUCACUCGGCCUACUUCAAGGUGAACAGGAACUGUAAUGGAGGCUAAGUUUUUUCGGUUCCUGAAGAUUGUGGGAGUUGGUUACAAAGCCAGAGCAGAAGCAGCAGGACGUCUCUUGUAUCUUAAAUUGGGAUACAGCCAUGAAGUUGAACUAACCGUUCCGCCAGCUGUUCGCGUCUUUUGCUUCAAGAACAAUGUGGUAUGCUGCACAGGGAUUGACAAACAAAGAGUACACCAAUUUGCUGCUGCAGUUCGUAGCUGUAAGCCGCCAGAAGUAUACAAAGGCAAGGGCAUCAUGUAUAUCGACGAGGUCAUAAAGAAGAAACAAGGAAAGAAGUCUAAAUAAAUCACCAAGGAGCACAAAAGAUCUCACAUUGAUCUUCAUUCAGACACCAAUCUGACUGAAAUGUAUGGGUUAAGAAUAAUUGGGUUUUUUGUAUGCAUAUUUUUAGAGCAUUCCAUAGAUUAAGCCAUGCGACUGAAAUGUAUUUGCUUCAAUGCAAUGUUAUCCCAUUGAUCCCAUAUGUUGAAGGAUGCAUACCAUGCAGGAAUUAGAGUUGAGGGUUAACUUCUCCUGUGUUUCAAGUUGUAACGAUCAUUUUUGUAUGUUUAAUGGCUACCCAUCUUUUCUUGGCAAGAAGGUUAAUGCCAAUUUUCUUAUGAACUUUUGUUU